AUGUCGUCGAACGUCUCGCGCGCCGUUCUGCGGCAAUCCACCAAGCUCUCUGGACGUACCGCACGCCGAUGCCAAUCGACGACCACAAAGGCCACCGAGGCAGCGAAGGAUACAACGGCAAAAGCCACCGAAGCAGCGAAGGAGACAACAGCAAAGGCUUCUCAAACCGCUUCAGAGUACACGUCGAAAGCUUCAGAGGGUCUCUCGAGGGUGACUUCUUCUGCUGGCCCAGCAAUCAGCGGUGCCGCGAAGGGUUUAGGGAACGCGCUUGGCAAGAUUGGAGGAAGGACUGGGAAGUUAAUUGCGUUUGUUGAGCGUCAAAUUCCUCCUACCGUCUACUAUGCCCGUGUUGGUAUGGAGCUGUCAAAACUUGUCUUCAGAGGGCAGAAGAUGACUCCACCACCUGUGUCAACAUUCCAAUCCUACUUUCAAUCCGCCCUCAAGAGCCUCCGCAAUCCCGGCUCCCUAGUCUCCCAGACUACAAACUCAUUACAGUCUCUCCGAAAUAUGGAUAACGCCAAGUUGAUAUCAGGAGGUGUCGUAGCUGCCGAAGUAAUUGGAUUCUUCACUGUCGGUGAGAUGAUUGGCAGAAUGAAGCUCGUCGGUUAUAGAGGCGACACUGGUAGCCACCACUAG